UUACGAUACACUGUUUACGUCUUGGCACACUCUAACUGGAGCUCACGCGUGCGCACUCUCAUUGACGUCAGGACUUCCGUGUUAGUGUCCUUGCUGCUGUGCCACGAAUUGGCCGGAUCUCAGUCGUCGCCGAAGACUUUCUGUUCGCUGUUGGGGGGGAAAGGAACUCCGACGGGUACCUGUUUCCUGUUUAUUUCCCUUUCUUUCGGUGCUGCUGGUACUCUGGUUUAAUUAAGUGGUGGAUAAGAGCCAUAAAGAAAUUGGAGAUAUUUACAAGGUGAUAGUACCGAUUUAUUUACAAUGUGAUGUGCGAGCGGAUUUAGGAGAGUGUUUCAUUACUUCUAUGGAUAGAUGACCAUUUUGCUACUGUCAGUACUGUUAUUAAGAGACCGAUGCCAACUUCCAUGCGGUUCAUUGCUAUCGGUCGACAACAUGAGACAAAUCCAAAGCAUUGUUUUGCUUGUUACUUGGAGUUACUUGUUUGGUAGUCAGAAGGCUCAUGAGCACGUCCCCGCCCGCUACCAGUCACCAAGUAAAACUCACACUGUAGCGCGACCCUCCCUGAUUAACGAGACGGAACUAGAGACUUUCGUAAUGCACAUCAGCAUCACAGAGGUGUCGACACUCAGUGAUGAGGGCGAACGAGCGAGGACUGCUGCUCCUCCUCGGGCCAAGAGGGGGACCUGCGACGCCGACGUAGUUGUCCCUCCAAACAGAUCGAGGUUCAUCGCGACGGGGAGCAAGUCGAGGGUGACUCUCUACUUCCAUCCCACUGAGGACUUCCGCUAUCUGUCUGUGAUCUUGAAGCUGAGUAAUAUCUUGGACUCGCCCAAGGUCCAGGUGUCGUUUCCCUCGUCCCUCUUAUGCGCGAACGACUUCUAUCGCUGGCACGAACUGACCGUCGAUGCAUUUGAGCUCGACGUCAGGAACGAGGUUGAUAAGUGGGCCGUGAGAGCGUCCGUGGGUUCCUGUUCACUUAUCAAGGCUUCCCCCUACUGGUAUAGCCUGAGUACGUUUAAGGAUCUGAAGAUCGUGGCCACCGGUGCUUCGUCGUGGAGGCACUCCGCUCCUGGAGAGAACUGCCGCUUCACGACUACGACCGCCAUUCCGUCAACCACCCCUGCAACCACUACCUCUCCCACGACCGAAAAACCCAAACCCACGACCUCGAGGGCGACCGCUACCUCUUUCCCUUCCGCCAGAACACCAAGCAUCACUACUACCUCGGCAGCGGCUUCGAAACUGCACACAAUCACAACAACACAAACCGCAACGACUACCUCUCAAACAACUGCUAAGUCCACGACCCACAAAACGACUACUACCUCCCCGAUGACUGCCAAACCCAAGACCCACAAAACGACUCCUACCUCCCCAACGACUACCAAACCCACGACCCGCAGAUCGAAUACCACCUCUCCAACAGCUGCAAAAGCCACCACCACCACCACCGCAGUGCGAUGCCAAACCCCUGCUGUCUCCCAGGCCGACGAAUCCACGCCCUCCACGCACACCACCACGACCCCAGGGACGACCAUAACUACCUCCACUGCAGUGCAAUUGGGCCAAAGUACAGCCAACGGUUCCGAAAAGCCGGAUGACCUGAACCACAGCCGUAAAGACGCGACAGACAUCGUGGCUUUCAUAAACCCCGACCACGCCGUUAUUCUAUGCGUCGUCGUCGCCUUGCUCGUCGUCCUCUUCGUCGUCUGCGUCCUCGUGAAGCACGCGGCGAGUCUUCGUUCAGCAUGGCGACCGAAGGGACCGCCCCCGCCGCCCCCGGAUUACCAUGCCCACAACGCCACCGUCGUGAACGUGGGUCUGCGCGAUCUGCCGUCGGAGCGCGAGUCGGGUCAGGGCAGCGAGCACAGCGCCGGCAGCCAGCACCUCCCCUUAAGCGAGAACGGAGGCCUCGUCCGGGAAACCCACACGUGCCUCGUCUGCUGCCCCUCCCGUCUCGGCUCCUCGGGCGCUGCUCUGCCCCCGGCCCCGGAGCGCUCCGGCCUGCACGCACUCAUUUAGGAUACGGGAGGAAACUCUAUGGAAAAUGG